CACAUUGUUAUAGACUUUUAACUACAUAUCUGUGUGUCCCCCAAUAUAUUGCAUCUGUAAAAAGGGAGAUGAUUUGAUCUUUAAUUCAGCAGAAAUACAUGAAUCCUGUUUACAAUUUAUAUAUCUCACAGUUUCAAAUAGUGAUUAAAUAUUUUUGUGUCCACUGGCGGAUUGUUUUGGAUCAGUUCCUCAUGCUCAUUUGCUUGGCCUGGAACUGACAAACACAGAAAGCAGAGCUCAGAGAUCAUGUUUUCUGCCAAUAUCGCCUUGUGUGUAUUAUCUUGAGAAUCCAAGACAAACUCCUGGGGAGGUCUCUACCAGUGAGGGGUCAACAGCGGUAGACAAAAGGUCUAUAAUGGUUUGGGGUUAAAGGUUAACUGAAACCUCAUUAUGAGCAGCCCCCACCUGGCUCAACUUCCUGAAUUUGUUCGUCAUUCACCCCAUGCAACGUCUGUGAUCAACGCAUGAACUCAGAGUUGUGAAACAACUGGAACUUUGGAGCAGCGCCCCUUUCACUGUUCCUCAUCCUGUGCCUUCCUUUUUUUUUUCUUUCCCCUGACUGUCCCCCCUCCUUCCCCUGCCAACUCCCCCCAACUCUGAGCUCCUCCUCUGCUGAAAAGACACAUUUCCUGAUGUCAUUACUAAAUCAAAAUGCUGCUCAGCAAACAGAUGUUGCGAGAGGCCCAACAUGUGGAUUUAGUGACAUAAAUUAACAAGUUGGUCGUGAGAAAACAUGUGCCAUACAGUUCAUUUUUCAUUCAAUCAAUGAAACCAUCUCUCUUGCACUGCUCUUUAAAGUGGUGUGUUGACAGUGAGAAACUACCUUACACAUGUAGCACACUCAUGAGCUCCUUGUGACAUGAAAGAACAAAAAUUUCCCACACUUUUGGUGAAAACAUCUGUGCGUUUCCUUAACAGGCAUGUGUGGGUAAAGCUAGUUGGACUUUUAAACAGCUGGUCAGCUCUGACUAACAACUUGUUCCAGAUUUGGUCAAAUUAACCUAAAUAUGAAAUCAUGGCUGUCUGCACAGCACACCCUGCAGAGUCAUGAUCACAUCCACCCCAAAACGCUAAGCCCUAAAUGUUUACUUAUGUUUCCUAUUUGGCAGAGGCAGCCCAAAAGGCAAAUAAAUCACAUGCUGUGAGCUGGCCAGGCCUUCGACUGUGAGAAACUGAGACUAAAAAGCAGAACAAGAGUUAAAGAGUAAGGGUUUUCAGAUGUGAGUCCAGCCCAGCUUGGGUGUGCUCCCUUUUAUUUGGGAGAAUGGAAAGGACAAUCUUUGUUGCCUCCACCCCUUUAAAAAAAGGAAGAAAAUCCUAAAGAAGCGUGUGUUGGAGAGGGGAAGAGCUGCUGCCAAGGCGCGGGGCCGUCAGACAGAUCUUCGAAGAACAUCUGGUAACCGCGGGUAACACUGUUUGGACAUCUGGUAACCGAAGGUUACACCGCGUCUCUUCCAUCCUGUCGGGUUUCCUGUUAUGCCUUGCUGUACUCAGUCAAAGACGUUUAGGUUUAUUAUACAUGGUCAUCAGCUGGGGAAAGCGCACCUUUAUUCAUUUUUUCUGACAUGAAGGGAGCACUUGGUUUCAUUGGGGUAUUCUUCUCCUUUCUCUCCGACACCACUUACGGAGAGAUUCACUCGCCAAUUGCUUGUGGGAACACUUCUGACAGAUGUACACACAUUUGCGAUUUCUGUUAUGAGUCUGGACUUACACCAAUGGAUUGCCUUUCGACCCUGUUUGGAUUCUUAUGUAUCAGUAAUUUUGAGACGCAUAUGGGAUCACUAAACAGCACUGACUGGUGCAUUUGGGAUAAAGUGAUAAAGUCAUAUAGUAACUUCAGCCUUUGCACAGAGGAGAUGUCUGACUGUCUCAUGAUCCCAUGGCCCAACCCUCUGGUGGAAACGACCUUUGUCGACAUUCACUCCAAGUUUUUCAAAGAUUGUCCCACAGAGGAGCUAAGCGACCCACCGCCAGUCAUUGUCUUUGCCCUGGUGAUAACUCCCAUCUGCCUGAUCCCUGUCAUGGUCAGCCUUGUGGUGCUCAAGACUAAGAAUGGGGAUGGCAGCUCCUGAUAAUCUUGAAUCUCUGCUCUGCUCACAGCCGCCAAGAAUAUCACUUUUUGGAUCCAUGCUCUCCCUUUCCUCCCAACCUGAGGACUGCUUGUUUACUGCUGCGCUUUCAUCUCGCCAGUGACCUUGCAGAGGAGUGACUCUUUCUGACAAGUUUACUGGCACUUCACAACUGAAUUCUGAAAUGUCAGCGACUUAGAAAGCCUAUCAACAGACAAUCCUGUUUCAGAGUCAAAGUCAUAUUCUGUGGCAUCACAACUAACAAUGACAAACUCCCUGUGACAAAAGAGACUCACUGACAAAAUCUGUUAUUAUAAAUUCAUGUACUGUAUUAUAGUGAGUCUCAUUAACACUUUUAAAGAAGAGGCUAUGACAAAAGAAUUGUUUUCAACUGGAAAUCUGAACAUUGAUGGUUUUGGUUACAUCCAAAGUGGAUACACAUGUUCAGAAAACAGCUUAAUUUAUAAUAGAGAAUCCAAUAUUCAGGUUUCUGACAAAAGCUCUAGAGUUUGCAAGAGUACAAACAAAAUAUAUUUGUGUUGACACUCCUCAUUAUGUUGGACACCAGUUGUGUUGGUAAAAUACAAAGUAUUUUUGUUGUUUUCCUAUGAAAUGUAUUUUGUGUUUGGUUUUUGCUGCUGCACAAACUUAACUAUUCUUUGAGCCACUAAUUCGACAGCGUAUUGUCUAUUCCAUUCCAAUCUGAUGUGAAAAGUGAAAAGGGUUCCUCUCUGUGUGGAUAUGGAAAUGCGCAUUGCCUGAUGCAUGGAUGUGGUUAGGUGAGUCAUAGCACAUGGAAAGUCUGGGGUCAGAGGUUACACAUGGGACACAAUGAGUGGGCACGCCCAGACAGGAAGAUCUUUUUCCUGGUAUUGUCUAUUUUUGAACAGUAACAAAUCCUUCACCACUUUCCCCUGUCCAAACAGUGACAAUCCUCAUGAUCAUAUGAUGAGCUGACUGAAGCAAGGUUUAUCUAAAAUCUCUGUCCAGCUCAGAAAAAGGACAUUUAGUUUGACUGUGCUGCACAGUGAUGAAAACUGAGUAGUGACAAAAAGGUAGAAGUGUUAUAUUUCACCUGAGCCUUGAUAUUAUGGGUAUGUAUUGCUAUGACGGUAAAGCCAUUGUAAGUGCUUUCAGAUUUGGAACAAAAUGUAUAUUUAUAUACUGUCCUAUUUUUCUGCCAUUGUCAGGACUUACUGUACCGUCUGGGAGAAAGCAUUCUGCCUGCUCUCACACCAUGUACAGUAUGCAUUUUGAUAUGCUUUUUUAUAUUUUAUACAAAUAAAUCUACAGUUGGAUUGUUGGCUCUUUUCAUCUGGACUUUGGGUAAAUAAAAAAAAUUUGAUUUCA